AUGUCAACAUCAUCGUCAGUUCCAAAACCUGAAAUAACACGCGACGUCACUCGAAAAAUUGGUUCCGGUGGAUUUGGUGCCGUUUACGAGGUUGAAAAGGACGGUAUACGAGGAGCACUCAAGACAGAAUUUGUCGAUCAAAAAGGCGAGCGAAGCGAAACACUCAGAAAUGAGGUGAUGCAGCUUCGUGUGAUGCAAUGGUCGUCACAUUUUUGCCGUUUAUACUUGGCAUGUCGUUUACGUUGUGGGAAGGAGAUAGUUAACGUCAUGAUUAUGAGCCUGGUGGAGCGGCCUCUAUCACGGCUUCGUCGUAUGACGCCCGAGUCUCGUUUCACUCGCUCUACUGCUGUAAGAUUGUCAAGGCAGUGCCUAGAGGCGAUCCACGACCUACAUCGAACCGGCAUCUUACACCGUGAUAUAAAGGCUAGUAAUUUUGCCUGGUCGGCAGAGCGUAUAGUCUACCUUCUGGAUUUGGGAUUUUGUAGAAGAUUUUUAGCUUUCACCGACCAACAAGUCAUCAAGCACCGCUCACCAAGGAAGAAGGUUGCAUUCCUCGGUACUAGCAAGUACUGCUCGUUGAACAUGCACAAGAAAUUGGAUCAGGGUAGAAGAGACGAUUUAUGGGCUUGGCUUUACAUGACCGUCGAAUUCAUGGGCAAACUAAUCUGGCGUAACGAUGAGGACAAAGUGAUCGAGAAGAAGAAGGAGAAGAUCGGCUCGAGACUACUGCUGAAGUGCCCACAAGAGAUGUACAUGAUCUAUGACCAUAUACGAUUUCUUGAAUUUGAUUCGAAGCCAAACUAUGCUCUUCUACGGAAGCAACUGGACCGGAUAGACUAUCGUCUUAAAUGCGAUGAAACCAAGGCCGGCCGUAAGCCCCUAAUAUGA